GCACCGUCAACACCUGAACCCCAACAUCCCCAAUUCAAAGCGCACCUGACCCGACCGAAUCGAAUACACUACACUACACUGCAUCACAAACCACCGACUUCAUCAGCAUCAUCGGGUACGAGUUACGAACCGCAGCUACGAAUCGCGACUAGACCAAGACAAAAGGAAGAAUAAUCAGCUAGCAAAGCCGAAAAAAAAUGAGCUUCCAACUCCCCGCCCCCACGCACCGCAAGCGCACCCUUCCGCAGGGUGAACUCGAGGCGGCGUCGACGCUGCGCCUGGGCGCGGAUCAGAACACCCAUACGCUGUCGUUAUCCGAGGCGCGGUUGGUCAUCAACAAGGUGUUGGAGAAUAAGCGGCGCGGGGGGAAGAAGUAUGAGGAGCCUGAAAACCUGACCAAGACCCUAGACUACCUGGAGGUGUUUGCGCGGUUCAAGGACGAGGAGAACAUCAAGGCGGUGGAGCGGUUGCUGAACUCGCAUACGGAGUUGGAGAUGUUUGAGCGGUCGCAGCUGGGCAGUCUCUGCUGCGAUAAUGCGGAGGAGGCGAAAUCGCUCAUCCCCAGUCUGCAGCAUAAGAUCUCGGAUGGGGAUCUGCAGGAGCUGUUGGAUGAGUUGACCAAGUUGCGGAACUUCACGGAGUGAGUGUGAUUUUGGGUGAUCUGCUUCCCGGGUUAUGGGCUUGAAAGGUUGGGAGGAAGGGAAAGGGAAAUUCUAGCAUGGAGUUCUGGUGUUGUUUUGUCUUUUUGUGUCCUGUUAUUGAUGUGUUUGGGCAGUGGGAGGGGGGGUAGGUAUCGUAGAGGGAUUUGUUUAUGGCCGGGGGAAUGAUGUCGUCAUGGGGUUUGUAGACUACUCCUAGGUUGAGACUCGUACAGUGUACGGUAGAUGUGAUGUACUCGAGUAUGCCCACGGAAAUCUCUUGAAAGGCG